AUGGCGAUAGGAAACCACGAGGAAAGAAUGAAAAGAAGGGAGAUGGUACUACGAAGCGGAAGGAAGCGCAAAAGCAUGACCAGUCAGUUGUUAGAUGAUGAUGAGCAAGAGAUUAUAACUCCACGGACAGCGAUACAACAAUAUGUCGCGAUUGCUCCUGUCAACAAGUCAGCUUUGCCAGUCAAGCACGCGAAGAAACGCAGGUCAGAACCUUCGGAUCUCCGCAGGUCGUCACUAGCGGCUAGCAGCAGUAACACUUCGUUGCUUUCCCUGUCAUGUCGCGAGACGCCACGAACGAUGAUUGCUAACUUCAUAGCUAAUGCUGAUGUGGAAACGCCGGUUGUCCGAGAGCCCACGGAAAAAGAAUCUGCGCUGCCACCUAUACCUCCUCAUGUCCGCUUCUCCAAGUUCAAGAAAACGGUUGUUCCACACAAGAGUGCAGAGGAGGUGGCUUCCAUGCUUAAACAGAUACAGUCUGUUAAGCCCUUUCAGCCAAAGGCCAAGCGUGUCUGGAAUUUUGAUAUGAAUAGGACAACAGAACUGCUAUCAGUAUCAGAAUCACACCUCACUGAUGGUGACAUGACUGCUUUUUUCGACAAGAGCUACAAAGCUAGGAAGUCGCCAGCAGUGGAAGUUGGCAAGAUGAGACAACAGCAGCCAUCAGAGGUGCACAAGGUGGAUCAGGGUAGAGGUGAUGGUGAUGUGAACGCGGGCAAAGAAAGUACGAUGUCACGAGCAGAAGAAAGAGCGCAGACGAGCAGAGUAGAGCAGCUGGCAACAGUCGAAGAAGAUGGUGAGAAGGAAACGGAAGCAUUUGUUGAACAGGAAGGGAACCUCGAGGAAGAAGCUGAGGAUGAGGAACAGGAAGGGAACCGUGAGGACGAUGCUGAGGAUGACGUGGAACGCUCAGAGGCCCGUGGCAUGCACGCACAUGAAGACAUAGAACAGGCUGAGGAUAGAGUGGAAGAAACUGAGGGUGAUGUCGAGAGCACAGAGGCUCUCGAUAGAGAAGCUCAGGAGCAUACAGAACUUAACGACGAUGAUGAGGUCGAUGCCGAGCAGAGGGGACGUGAGCGGCUCACGCCGGCAUCGUUACGUAGCGAGGCCAGACUUCCACAGAUUCAGCAGAGAAGGAACGUCUCCCUGCGACUGCAAACGAGCCAUAAGAAGAGUUCUAAACCAACAGUCACGACACCGAGACGACUCAGUCGAGUGCUCACACCUCAUAAGGUUACGGAGCAGAUUUCACACGAAAUCGGGCACGUGGAAGGUGACGAUCGGGCGACUCGAGCCACGCUAGCGGGACAGCAUCUGAGAGAAGCGGAGGCAGGCGACGCUAGGGUGCGCGCGACAGAAUCCGAUCCGCACGAAGAGCAAGAUUUCACGGAGGACGACUCUGACGAGGAAGAUGCAGCAGAGGCGCCCCCGCGGAGAUCCGCUACGCGCGCCGUGCAGCCGGCGACGAGCCGCCGCCCCGCGAAUCCGCGGCAAAAACUCUUCGGAGAACUUCCCGUGAGCAUGACCAAGUUCUUCUUCUCGCUGUUCUCGCAGAGGAAGGUCGCGCGCGACGCGUGGGAGGAGGUGCUGAAGUGCGAGAGGAACUUCUUCGUGUCCCUGUCGGCGGACCUGUACGCGUACGCGCGGCACGCCGGCCGCCACACGAUCCAGGUGGAGGAUGUGGAGCUGCUGAUGAAGAGGCAGGGCUUCAUCAACGACAAGGUCUGCUUCAGCAGCCUCGUCGAGAAGCACCUGCCGCUCGAGUAUCGGCGUCUGCUGCUGCCCUGCGCGCAAUCCCGCAACGCCGGCCGGAAAAGGAACGCGGUGGGCAAGUGAAAAUCUCGAGGAACGACAAGCUCAGGAAGGCAGACGUUUCUAUCUUAACUCGUGUCAAAACCAACAAGUGUGGUAAAUUGAGUGCUGUCAAUACUAUUUGUACGUAACUUGAAAGUUUAAUUGCCUAGAGUUUUUUUUAUGUAGACUAUAAGAACUAUAUUAUUAUAUUAAACUGAUAUCCAUUUAUCGUUUAUGCUGUGUAGUCAUUAUAGGGUAUGAUAUUAAAGCUGUAAAUAAUUGUCACAGCCAAAAUCGUACCUACUUUUCUUAUUGAUGAAAGCUUAUUAAAUCUUUUACUUAACCAUUUUGAUUUCCUAGCGCAAUAAACCAGUUUCUAAUCUCCA